CACGCCACGCUCGGCGGCAAAAUACAUCUGCGAAAGUGUCUGCUGCCUAGCGAGCCUCCUGAGGUUCUUUUUGGCAUGCAUCCCUUUAACUUCCCACUUUGGUGCUUUUGCUCCCUCCCUGGCUGGCUUGUGUCACCACCACCACCACUCCCCCACUCCACCAUCAACAGCUCCGAAAGAGAGAGAGAGAGAGAGAGAGAGAGCCCUCUUUCUUGCACGCUAGCGCACGCUUCUAGAGGGAGGAAAAAGAAAACCUGAGAAGUGAGGGCAUUUCUCUGUCCUGAUUCGUUUCGCUUUCCUCCCUCCUCACGAGCUGGGGGCUACCCAGAUUUGAAUAAGCAAAAGCUACUCCCUCUCUGUCUUCUCUAGGGUUUUUUCCCACCGCCCCGGGGCUCUUUCUCCAUGGGAAGAGCGUCUUGGGGUCUGCGCUGAUGGUGGGUGUCUCUUGAAUCUUUAAGUUUUUGGGUAAGUUCUCCUCCUUCCCACCACCUUUUUGGCAUCUCUGUAAUCAGUGCUUGAAGUUUGGUGUCGAAGGGCAUAUGUUUCUCCUCAAAUCUUGGUGGCAAGAGCGUUUGAGGGGGUGCUGAAACGUGGCGGUGCUUGGGUUUGAGUAGUGUGGGCUGCGCUUUGGCCUUGCGUAAGCGGGAAGAACAGUGUCUUCGAGUGUAGAACGAGAUCUGUGAUGUGUUAUGUCAGAAGCUAAAGGCUUCACGCUGUAUCUGGAGAGCGCCCAUGUGAAUAUGAUGUACUUGAAUCAGCAUCAAGUCCAGCGAAAAGAUGGGCUUUUUUCAUCUCACCCGCCUCCUUUUUCACGUUCGUCCCCCUACAUCGGUGCUUUCCACAUAGAAGCAAGCUCUUCAUCGUCAUCACCAUCGUCGUCGUCGUCUUCGGUACCGCCGCCGCCGCCACCAUCAUCUUCUGGUGCUAGGAUUAGUCCUACGGUUCUUUUCAUUAUUAUUAUUUUGGCUGUGUUGUUCUUCAUUUCUGGCCUCCUCCAUCUGCUUGUGAGAUUUCUUAUAAAGCACCCAUCUUCGUCAGCGUCCUCUCAAUCGAAUAGAUAUCCGGAGAUUUCGGGCUCUGAUGCUCUGCAGAGACAGCUGCAGCAGCUUUUCCAUCUCCAUGACUCUGGUUUAGAUCAGGCUUUUAUAGAUGCUCUUCCUGUUUUCCAGUACAAGGAGAUCGUGGGUCUGAAAGAGCCGUUUGAUUGCGCCGUCUGCCUCUGUGAAUUCACUGAGAAGGAUAAGUUGAGGUUGCUGCCGACGUGUAGCCAUGCCUUCCAUCUCGGUUGCAUCGAUACCUGGCUUUUGUCAAACUCGACUUGCCCUCUUUGUAGGGGGACCCUUUUCGCUCCGGGGUUUUCCAUUGAAAACCCAAUGUUCGACUACGAUGAUCCAAGAGAAGAAGAUGGGUAUCUUGGUAAUGGAGAAAAUGGAUUGGCUACGAAUCAUAAAGCGGCAGAUAUUGAAGAAAUUGUUGUGGAAAAGGGCGUUGUACCAGUGAGACUUGGUAAAUUCAGAAGGAUGAACAAUGAUGUGAGGGACGAAGGAGUCGGAGAGACAAGUAGCAGCAAUUUAGAUGCCCGGCGAUGUUAUUCAAUGGGUUCAUAUCAGUAUGUGCUCGGUGAUUCUGAACUGCGGGUCUCUUUGCAUCAUGAUAGUCCCGGCAAUGUUGCCAAAAUCACAGAAGGGGGACAACCUAAUGGAGAUUUUUCUGUCCAUGUGGAUAUGGAGGAGAAGAAAAUGAAAAGUGUGGCUAAAGGUGAGAGCUACUCUGUUUCCAAAAUCUGGCUUUGGUCCAAAAAGAGCAAAUUCUCUAGAUCUUCAGAUAACCAGAUGGACAUGCCUUCCUCUAUUAAAAUGGACUUUUAGUGGCUUAGAACUGAGAUUGAGCAUGUGAUGCAUUGCUUUUUUGUGAUGCUUGAUGAUUCAUUUCUUUGAAAGUACCUUGUGAUGCAAUUCCAUGGCAUUUCACUUACAAUCCUUGCGAAUGCUAAUAGAGAAAUUGAAUGAGUUGGCUAUGGUGCGCAUAAUGUUCUGGGUUUUCUGCGUUUAAGCCAAGUCUCUCCUCUUAUUCUGCUGAGGAGGAUUUAGUCGAGAGAGGCUCCUUAUUUUCUUGUUCAAGUGUCAAAAGGCUUCUUAUUACUUUAGUUGGAGUGUCAAUUCUAUAUAGAACAUUGAAUCACAAGAGAAGUAUCCCUUUCUAUGACUUGCAAAUAUGUUCUUCAAAAAUGGAGUUUGGGAAUCUGAACUUGCGUUCUGAAAAAUCAAAGGUGUUUGUACCCUUGCCUUUUCUUUUGGCACAUGAAGUCACCUUCAGUUGUCUUAUAGAGUAUAAAGUUAUGUUGUGGAAUGAGAAAGUGCUUUGAUCAAUCAUGUUAGUACAAACUUCUCUUUCUUCUCGCCAUUAGGCACGCUGCAAGAUUUUUAUCCGGGAGAAUGUGGAAAGCCAGCGAAUACACUCUCCCGUGUCCUUUCUUAUUUGUUCAGACAUCGGUUAAACUUCGACUACCAAAUAUUUCUUUCAGAGGAAAAGGGGCUUUCUUCUACCCAAUUGGGGAAUACAUUUAAUCUUGGUAUCAAUUGCCUAUUUAGGGUUCCUGGUUGCUUCCUUCACUCUGCAAUAUCUACUCCAAAUGACAACAAUGAAUGAGCUGAGAAAGGUUGAGAUGCUGUUGCAUUGGUUGUGGUGGGGUUCCUUGGGAGCAUUCUUGGGGGAAAGUAUAUAUUUUUCUUCCUGUUUAUGCAAUAAUUGACAGAUGUUAUAUUUAAGAACUUGCUGGUAGUUUGCAAAAGGUGUGGGGUCUGUCAUAUGCUCAACCCCAUGUGAGUAUGUUGAAAUCAAGCCCUUGUUAACUUAAAAA